AGACAACGAGGAGACAGAGAGGACCCCGCCACCAGCCACCACCACAGAGGCAAGAUUCCCGCCUCCUCCUCGGCUUCCCGGCCAAUGCGCAUCCACGGGGCAAGAGCGACACUUCCGGUUUCAAAGAGGAACCCGCCGUUUCUCCCUCCCUUUCCUUGCAGCGGAAGGAAGUGGGCGGAGAGGCCCACUAGAAGUUAGCCUCUUUCCCCCAACGAACCGGCUUUGUAUAGGAAAUUAUUAAAGAGCGGGAGAAAAUUUAAAACGGAAGUAGUCAUUAGUGCGACGGUGGUGUGGUUGACGCUUUAUUUUUGUGGGUUACUCCAGAAGUUCAAAGUGCAGCGCAACUGCCAACACGUUGAAUGUAUUUAUAGAUGAGUCACGUUGAGACGCCGGAUUAACUUCGGCCAUGGCUGUAUGGAUAUAGCUAUACCGUUCUAGGCUUUGGCACCUCUAUGAUAUUAACCCAUUAGGCCUUGAAUGAACUAGAGAGAGGCAAAAAAGUUUGAUUAAAAUAUCUGAAGUGCCUUCGGGAGCCAACGUUGACACAGGAAAGGCCGCCUUUGGCCAUGGCGCCAAAAAGGCAUCGGUGGUAAAUAGUCUAUAAUUUGUAUUGAGGGAGAAAGUUCAAAUUUAAAGCGGACGUUACUGCAGGGAUUGCCGUGGCGCAUCUCAUUCUCUCCAAGCCCUUAUUCGGUCUCUAAGGGAGCCUCCCCGCCAUCGGAGUGUUCUAGAAUAGCUCUGCUUUUUUUAAAAAGGCGACGCGAAACUCCAGGCUACAAGUGGCCCGGCCGACGCGCCUAUUUGCUAACACUGGGUCGUAGCGACACCAUCAGGUUCGGUGGGGAAACUGCAGCCUGAAGGAAGAGCGGAAAGAAUCGGCUAUUGCAGAGCCGGAAGCGUGUGUGGCAUGAAAACUACAACUCCCAGAAUGCUUAGAGGGAGCAAAGGAGAUCAGCUGAUGGGAGGAAGCUGCCCUGCUACUGCGUUUUCUCCAGUGGUUGACUUUCGCCUUUUCUGCGUUUUAUAAGGAGGGUUGCCAUGCUGCGCCCCAAGGCUUUGACCCAAGUGCUGAGCCAGGCCAACACGGGAGGAGUUCAGAGCACCUUACUCCUGAACAAUGAGGGCUCUCUCCUUGCAUAUUCCGGUUACGGAGACACAGAUGCCAGAGUCACGGCAGCCAUUGCGAGCAACAUCUGGGUGGCCUACGACAAGAACGGCCACCAGGCCUUCAACGAAGACAACUUGAAGUUCAUCCUCAUGGACUGCAUGGAGGGACGUGUCGCAAUCACCAGAGUUGCCAACUUACUGCUGUGCAUGUAUGCAAAGGAGACAGUGGGCUUCGGGAUGCUGAAAGCAAAGGCCCAAGCGUUGGUCCAGUACCUUGAAGACCCGCUCACUCAGGUAGCAGCAUCGUGAGCCACAGAGCCAAAGAAAUGAGGGAAAGGCUUUUGUGACUUUGCUCAGAAGGUGCUGUUUCCAAAACAGACUUUUACACAAGAGAAACCGGGUACUUGGAAAUUGGAGUUUUGGCUCGCAGGCUCUGCCUCCUACCAAUACUGUGGAUCACGUCAGCCCUCCUGUGUUAUGCGUCUUUCAAACAAAUUUAAAGCAAAGGUGGGAAAAGAAUAAAAGGCUGUGUUCAUCA